CGGUACAUUUCCGCUAUGGCGGAAACUUACUUGGUUGGACGUUGAAAGUGGAACUUGUACUGUUUGUGUUCACCAGGUAGCAGUGAGAGGGAAAUUGAGGGGUUGAAAAGUCGACGUGUGUUUGGCUGAACGUCGUGUAAUAGUGAAAUAGCACCAAGAUGUCCGGGGACGAGGAGGAAAUCUUGUUUGAUGAUGUUUACGAAGUUUGUGAGACAAUUGGAAAGGGUCCCUAUAGUGUGGUCAAGCGAUGUGUACACAAAGACACAGGGCAACAGUUCGCAGUCAAGAUCGUGGAUGUGGCUAAAUUCACAUCCAGUCCUGGGCUUGGAACUGAAGACCUGAAAAGGGAGGCGAGCAUUUGUCACAUGCUGAAACAACAACACAUAGUGGAGCUCUUGGAGACAUAUAGCUCAGAGGGAAUGCUAUACAUGGUGUUUGAAUAUAUGGAUGGUGCUGACCUUUGCUUUGAGAUUGUGAAGAGAGCGUCGCUGGGCUUUGUUUACAGUGAAGCCGUGGCCAGCCACUAUAUGAAACAGAUCCUGGAAGCUAUGCGAUAUUGCCAUGCCAACGGGAUCAUCCAUCGCGACCUGAAGCCUCACUGCGUGCUUCUUGCCAGCAAGGAAAACUCGGCCCCAGUGAAACUGGGUGGAUUUGGGGUUGCGACACAGCUCCCCGAGUCGGGUCUUAUCUCAGGAGAGGAAGACAUCCGCUUUGGCUUGGACCCUGUGGUUGACUUGAGAAAUGAUGUAGUUGGUCGUAUUGGAACGCCACAGUACAUGGCACCUGAGGUUGUGAAAAGGCAGGCAUAUGGCAAGCCGGUGGACGCUUGGGGCUGUGGAGUGAUGAUGUUCAUACUCCUAGGAGGUCAUCCCCCCUUUGUGGGCACCAAAGAACACGUGUUCGAGAAGAUUGCACAGGGCAGCUAUCAUAUGAGAAAACAGUGGUUACAAUUAUCUAAUUAUGCAAAAGAUUUAGUUAACAAAUUGUUGGAGACGGAUCCAGAGAAAAGAAUUACUGUAGAAGACGCAUUAAAUCAUCCGUGGAUCAGGGCGAGAGGACAAGUGCCAAAAUCACAUCUACAUGAUACUGUAGACGAGUUACGGAAAUUUAAUGCACGACGGAAAUUAAAAGGAGCUAUUAUGGCAGCUGUGUCCAGUUCUAAAUGGUUGUCUUUUUAUAAUGACCCACCUGACCUUAAUGAGGAAAUAACUUCAACAGGAGCUGUGUCCCAGGUCCUUGAUUCCCUGGAAGAGAUCCAGUGCCUAACAGACUGUAGUGACACAGAAACAGACCUUAUAGAGAAAGUGUUCCAGGAUACCAAACUACACGCCCUACUAAAUCUAUAUGACAAGAUCAACACACAAACAAUCAGUCCUGUGCGACCCCCGCCCUCAGACGCUGUAGACAAAACCAAAGAGGUAACUGCAGUGUUAGCACAGUGUCCUGAACAAUAUGCAAGUCUUAGUAAAGAGCUUAGUCAGAUCAUCUCCAAGCCUCACAUUAUGGCCCUACUACAGGCCCACGACGUGGUGGCUCACGAGGUAUAUGGAGAAGAUGCCGUCCGAGUCACCCCCCCACCAAUGCAGCCUUACCUUAAUGGAGACAGCCAGCCUGACAGUCCCGACACAGACAUGGAACCCUCCAACGUGACACGUGUACGCCUCGUACAGUUCCAGAAAAAUACUGAGGAACCAAUGGGGAUCACACUUAAGUUGAAUGACCAGGGGCGGUGUCUGGUGGCCCGGAUAAUGCAUGGAGGGAUGAUCCAUCGUCAGGGUACAUUACACGUGGGGGACGAGAUCAGAGAGAUCAAUAAUGUCAGUGUUGUCAACAAAACAGUGGAGGUGUUACAGAGAAUGCUGAGGGAGCUGAGUGGAUCGGUGACCUUUAAGGUCAUACCGCAACCGUUGCUAAGUAUGUUUGGUGGCCAUGGCGACAAUAACAACCACAAUGAGAUUUACGUGCGGGCUUUAUUUGAUUAUUGUCCAGAAGACGAUGACAUCAUUCCUUGUCGACAGGCGGGUGUGCCUUUCAAGUGUGGAGACAUCCUUCAGGUGAUAAAUAAGGAUGACUCCAAUUGGUGGCAGGCACGACGAGUGGGGCUCCCGACAACAGAACCAGCGGGACUUAUUCCAUCUCCCGAACUCCAGGAGUGGCGGACAACGUGUUCCGCACGGGAGAAACGUCAGGACCAUGCAGUUCAUUGUUCCUGGUUUGGUCGAAAGAAAAAAGAUAAAUAUCUUGCUAAACACAACGCCAUUUUUGACCAGCUAGACUUAGUUACGUAUGAAGAGGUUGUUCAACUACCAGCAUUCCUCAGGAAAACUUUGGUGCUCCUAGGUGCCCAUGGAGUAGGACGGAGACACAUCAAAAACACACUUAUUACAAGCCACCCGGAGCGGUUCGCCUACCCCAUUCCUCAUACGACGCGGCCGCCAAGAGAGACGGAGACCAAUGGUAAAAACUAUUACUUUGUGACUCAUGAGAAAAUGAUGCAGGACAUUGCAGCCAACCAAUACCUGGAGUAUGGAACACAUGAGGAAUCCAUGUACGGCACCAAACUCGACACAAUUCGUAGUAUUCAUGAUAAGGGCCUCAUGGGAAUUCUGGACGUAGAACCACAGGCAUUGAAAAUAUUACGAACUGCCGAGUAUGCCCCAUAUGUCGUAUUUAUAGCUGCCCCUCGAGCAUGUGACCUUCUGCCCGCGAAACCCAAAGACAUCAACGACGCCAGUCUAGAAAAGCUAGCCACUGAGAGUGAACUACUUGAGAAAGCAUAUGGACAUUAUUUUGAUUUGAAAAUUGUGAACAAUGACAUCGAAGAAACUAUACGAACUUUAGAACAAGCCAUAGAUGAGGUGUCUUCAACUCCACAAUGGGUACCAGUCAGCUGGGUAUACUAAUGGUUGGAGACAGCACUGUGGAGCUACAUUAUGGAGUAGCUUUAUGGACUAGAGCAUGGACAUACCAGGUCAAAAUUAAUAUAAUGGCCUAUAACAUUCUGUGAUUUGUUCGUUAAAUAACACAAUGAAUCAACAUAUUAAUAUGAAACAGAUGGCGGUGCUCUUUUGAAAUUGAAAUUCCGUUUCCAUGGCAAUUCAGGGUUAUGUAUAGCUGUCUACGGGAUGAGAAUUUCCAAGUGAAGAUCGUGAUAAAUUCUUGUGGAAUUGCAAAUACAGAUUCAGCCUCAGGGUUGCCCUGAAAAUAAAACAGAUUUGAUAUAUUGAUGGAGACAAAAGGAAUGUACUCUUACGAAAUUAAGACAGAUGUACUAUGAAGUACCUGUUUGGCUGAGGAUACAUGUACAUCAAUGAACACUCAGUCACAGAAAUUAUAACCUUAGGGUCAUAAAUUGUCAGAUAAAAUGUUUUCAAAAUAAAAAAGGCAAAAGAGUCUGAAAAGGUGAUCAGAUUUAAUAACAAUGCUGUCUGUAUAUUAACCAUCCUUUUAUUUUGUAAGCCAUAAUAUGGAUUAAGGCUUUUUUUUUUUUUUUUAAUGUGCAUAAUUAAGUAUUUACGCUUUAAAUAACAUUAAUUUAAAAGCAAAAGUACAUUAUUAGAUUCGAAAGCCAGUUAAAUGGAAUUUUCUCUCAAGGAAAAUUGUCUUUUUACCGACGUUUGAAGAACAUAAAUCUGAUCACUUUGAUUCUUUUAUGUCAUUAGAAAAUAUUUUCUUUGACAAUUUGUGUGUAGAUGUUUAGCUGUGAGAGGUUGUGUAGUUAGUGUAAGCGGCAGGCAUUGAAGGUGAGACGACAACCAAAAAGCAUGCAUUUUUUAAAAUUCUGAUACGAGAUUUGUAUUACUUUAUCAAGAAAACAGUUGUUGAUGUUAUGUAGCUGUACUUAUCACCUUAUCACUGUAUUUAAACGUGUAGCGCGAUGUAUACACAUACCAUACUUACCAUUACAAUGUGUAAUUACUGUAUAGCACUUUUAUUUCAUGGUUACAAUUUUCACGGUUUUGGUCUCAGAUCCCCUGAAUCUAAAUUGUGUGCAACCUUAUCAAUAAGUAUUACUCACCUAGCUUACUCUAUCAGAAGGAAUACAAGAUUGUGGGGUUAUAUUUUGCCAAUUGUUUUCAAGCAUCAAAUAUAGCAAAAAUGAAAUACUCUAAGCAUACAUUACAUAGAUAAUUGAGCAGAUAUAUUUGUGUCUUAAAUAUUCCUCUAAAACUUCUGAUAGAUUAAUACUAAGCCAAUUCUAUAUAAUUAUAUUAACUUAUACUUGUAUAUAUAUAUAUAUAUAUAUAUAUGUAUACAUACAUUUAUUUGUCUGCAUUAAGUAAUCAAGAUGAACUACAUACACUAAUUAAUAUACCCAAGUUGUAUUUAAGGCUGUAAGUAAAUACCUAUAAUGCCAACUUCAGCAGAAGUGUUUUUUUCACAGAGUUAAAUUCAGUAAGAGCUGUUAAUGUAUUGGUACAGUAUUAUGCAGAUAUUACAAAUAUUAUUACAUUUACAUAGACUUAUGAAAAUAAUCAUAAAAAUUAUUCCAGUUGGUUGGAAGUCUACAAUUGAAUUCAAGGCCCAUUUGUGGAUAACUAACAUAUUUGCCAACUUUUUGAAAUUUCCAUGGGGGAGACUAUGCAUUAAACAUUAAAACAAACAAAAUGUGUGUAUGUACCUUAGCUGACAAUGCAAAUUUAAGGGUCCAGAAUCGGGAAGUAGGGAGAGUUGGCAAGUAUGACCUAGGAUGUUUUAGCUGUGUAUUUAAUAGCAUACAAUGGUGGUAAACCUGUAGUGGUCAGGUACAGAGUUAGGAUUAGGGCCAUGUAGCUCCAUUCUCCUUUAACACGUUCAUACAUUUCAUAAAAAGUCAUCACCAAGAAACAUAGCAGUGUUAUUUCAAUUGUACAUGUAUUGCAAUAAUAUUUUUCAAAGCGAUAUGGAGUGAAUUUUUGAAUUUCUGCACAUGAUUUGUCCUCAAGAGUCAGUUUACCAGAAUGUUAAGCUGCCAGAUUAGUGAUAUGGUUCCGAUUACAUGUUUUGUAGUUGUACCGAGCUUCUACUAUCAUUUUUGUCACUCUUUAAAUUCACACACUUUUUGAUACUUUAGAUGAUUAUUUCUUUGAUAUUUAUUUCAGCAGGAUUGUGAUUGUAGCAUUUCUUGCAGAAACUGUUCUGCAAAUGUAGUAUAAGCGAGAUAAAAGUCUGUACAGCUAAACAUAUCAAUACUGGUACAAUUUAUUCUGCGUGAAGUCACAAAUUUGUUCUAUUUUAGACGUCUUCCAAUGAAAAUAAAGCUUUAAUUGGAAUUUAAUAAGUAAAAU